AUGCUGGAAAAGGAGCUGAGUCGAAGUCAGGAAGAUUGGAAGUAUCUUCCUCAGCCGCCGUAUCCAUCAAGCUUACUCCAGCAGCCAUAUCCUAAAGGCUAUGAAGCACCGACCUUUGUCCUCUUUGAUGGACGAAAGGGGAGCCCGAAGGAGCAUGUCAAUCGCUUCAUCGAUGCCUUGGGACCGUAUGCUGGUGAUCAUAAUCUUCGACUUAGAGAAUUUUCAAAGAGUCUCACUGAUCGUGCUUACACAUGGUAUACAACGUUGGCACCAGGCUCUAUUCAUUCCUGGGAAAGUCUGGCAAGCAGGUUCUGUAAGAAGUAUUUCCAGCAUGAAGAACGAGUCACCACCACUCAACUCAACAACACCCGCCAAAAGCAUGGUGAGGAUCCCGUGGACUUUGUACGCAGGUUCCGGGACCUGGCAUUGGAUUGCUAUGAUGAGAAAGACGAGGAGGCGCUUGUUGAAAUUUGCAUCAGCAAUAUCGUGGCAGAUUAUAGAGUGUAUUUGGAGAAUAUUGGCAUUAGUCAAUUUUCUCGGCUGCUGGAAGCUGUGAGGAAGACGAGCAUGUCCGUCAGGCCACCAGGACAAAGGACUUGGAGGAAUGAGAAGAAGGAAGCGCAUCAGACAUUAGCAAUAGAUGACAAGCCAUCCAGCGACUACAAUUCGCGCAAACGCAAGGAUAGAGAGACGUAUCCACCACUACCAUGCAAAGAUGAAGAAUUUCAUGCUAUCCUUGACACAAUGAUUGCUGAUGGCGUAAUCAAACCUGUCAGACCCUACAAGGUUCCUACUCGAGAGGAAAAGAAUGAUCCUAGGUACUGCCGUUAUCAUCAAUUUGUGGGGCAUCCAACCACUGCCUGUCAGAGCUUGAGGAGGAUUUUACACGCCAAAAUACAUGAGGGAGUCCUUGAACUUCCCUCUAGGAAGCAAACCAUUGAUGAAGACCCCUUGCCAAAACGAAGGGGAAAGGAGGUAGCCGCUGUCAUUACAUGUUCUGAUGAUUUGCUUGAUGAUGAUGAAUUGUGCCACCCUUGGAGGAAUGACCCAAAGCCGCCGGAAGCCGUAUGGGAACCUUGCGGAAACAUGGAAAAGGCAUAUUGGUGUAAAUAUUCGAGGCCUUCAAGUUACAACACACCAUGGCCACUCGCUGAUGGAUGGGGUGACAACUCAGGCAGCGAAAUUUUUGUCUUGGACAUGCCGGAAGAACGCUACUCGGGGGCUUUAUCGGAGCAGCAGGAAGCAGCUGCCGUGACAUUUCAUAAUAUCACGGAAGCUGAAACAAGUGUGAUGGAACGUUAUUUAAGCAUGAAACAGGGGCCCACAGCUUCACAGGUCCUUCAAAGAAACCCAAAGUUCAAAUCACUCUUUGACCAACUUGGCUUCGGGCCGCAAGCAAGAGAAGCAGCUGCUGUAGCCCUUGAUGAAUAUCUCUGA